GCUUGAUCAAACAUAUACAAAUAACUUUACAGCUCUUAUAUUCCUCCAAUAUAAAUUUCUAUAUACAAAUAUGGCUGAUAACCAUAUCCCGGCUGAGCAGACCGAGGUGACUAGGGAGACGAAGAAGCCGCGGUUCAACAAAAACGACAAAUUUGACAACAAACCCAAAGAUCAUUCGAAAGAACCAAUGAGCGACUCCAAAAGAGCAAUCCUCAGCACAUUUACUCAAUACCGUGAUAUCCUAGACUCGCACUACGACCAACGCGAGCGCAUCAUCAAGUGCUCGCGUGACAUCACCGCACUGAGCAAAAAAAUGGUGUUUUCGCUCCUCCGUAUCACGCAAGACUCUGCAGAAAAUGUUUUCAGGGACGUUGAGAUCAAGCAUUCGGUUGUUCUGGAUCUAUUCGCAAAGGUGGCUGUAGAUUUGCAAGGAUCCAAUGCGCUCAAGUAUAAUCGGCAGGCGACUGGAGGUCUGCAGGAGUACAUCGAGGCACUGGGAUUGUGGGUGUUUCUGCGUGACAACACGCUGAUUACUAAGGAUCAGGUUGAGGAUAUGGUGCGCAGCAAGGGCACCAUGGUGACAGUGACUGACGAGGACUAUGUCUUGGGCAUCAGCGAUCUUCCUGGUGAAGUCAAUCGCUACUGCAUCAAUGCUAUUGGCAAGAGCGAUCAUGAGGCGGUUAGGAGGAGCCUUGUGUUCUUGCGGGCGCUCAAGGAGGGAAUCAAUUUAAUUAUAUGCAGUGGCAAAAUCAGAGACCUGCACAAGAAACUCGAGGUUCUUGACAGCAGCCUUGAAAAGACUGAGAAGGCGUACUACUCAAUGUCGAUCAGGGAUACCGAAAUGCACAGAGCCAACAUCACGGACAUCGAUACCAGCAGUGGAUCGGUAACCGCAGCAUAACUUUUUAUCAACAAUUAUUUUCAAUUUAUC